GACAAAAACUAGAAAUUCGAAACGCAAAGCAAGAAAAAGAGUCUUUGAGAGCAGAGUGAGAGACUGAGGGAGAGAGAGAGUGUGUGAAGGCCAAAAAAAAAAGCUCGAAAGUAAAGCGGCAUGGCAGCAAAAGAAGAAUCCAGAAAUGAAGGAAGCUCUGUUGUCUCUGAUCUUCUCAACUUCUUGAACGCUUCUCCAACUGCUUUCCACGCUGUUGACGAGGCAAAGAAGCUUCUGCGAAGUAUUGGGUAUGAGCAAGUUUUGGAGAGAGAGAAUUGGAAAUUGGAAGCAGGGAAGAAAUACUUCUUCACGAGGAACCACUCCACCAUUGUUGCCUUCGCCAUCGGUAAAAAAUUUGUUGCGGGAAAUGGAUUCCAUAUUGUUGGUGCUCAUACUGAUAGUCCUUGUCUCAAACUGAAGCCUAUUAGCAAGGUAACUAAAAGUGGAUAUUUGGAGGUUGGUGUCCAAACUUAUGGAGGUGGUUUGUGGCAUACAUGGUUUGAUCGAGACUUGACAGUUGCAGGAAGGGUGAUAAUUAGAGAAGAAAAGGAUGGUUCUGUUUCUUAUUUGCAUCGGCUUGUUAGAAUUGAGGAGCCCAUAAUACGGAUCCCAACCCUGGCAAUUCACUUAGACAGGAAUGUUAAUGAUGGAUUUAAGGUGAACACACAGACCCAUCUUCUUCCAAUCUUGGCAACAUCAAUCAAGGCAGAGCUCGAUAAAGUUGUUGGUGAAAAUGGUUGCAUUGAAAGUCAAGCUCAGAAUGAUGGAAAGAAAUCUAACGAGAAAAUAGACUCUAACAGGCAUCACUCGCUUUUAUUACAGCUUCUUGCAAGUCAGCUUGGAUGCAAACCGGAUGAUAUUUGUGAUUUUGAAUUGCAAGCAUGUGAUACUCAACCAAGUAUACUGGCUGGUGCCACAAAAGAAUUCAUAUUCUCAGGACGGCUUGAUAAUCUCUGCAUGUCAUUUUGUUCACUUAAGGCUCUAGUAGAUGCUACAGCUUCUGAAAGCAGCCUUGAGGAUGAGGCUGGUGUUAGAAUGGUAGCUUUGUUUGAUCAUGAGGAGGUUGGAUCUAACUCAGCCCAGGGUGCUGGGUCUCCAGUCACGUUAAAUGCUCUAUCACGAAUCACAAAUUCCUUUACUUCAGAUUCUCAGCUGCUUGAGAAAGCAAUACAGAAGAGUUUUCUUGUAUCUGCUGACAUGGCACAUGCCCUGCACCCUAAUUAUGUGGACAAACAUGAAGAGAAUCAUCAGCCCAAGUUGCAUGGGGGCCUUGUCAUCAAACAUAAUGCAAAUCAACGUUAUGCAACCAAUGCUGUCACUUCCUUUGUGUUCAGGGAGAUAGCAAAUAACCAUGAACUUCCAAUCCAGGAUUUUGUGGUACGAAAUGACAUGGGUUGUGGUUCAACCAUUGGUCCAAUCCUUGCAAGUGGUGUUGGAAUUCGUACAGUUGAUGUUGGUGCGCCACAGCUAUCAAUGCAUAGCAUACGAGAAAUGUGCGCUGUUGAUGAUGUGAAACACUCAUACGAGCAUUUCAAGGCCUAUUUCCAGGAGUUCACUCAUCUUGAUGCCAAGAUUACGGUGGACACUUAGGUUUCCAUUCCUAAUCUUACCUUGCAAGUUCCUGGAGUCUCUUAUGGUUGCUAAUAAGAUCUUGAACUCAGGACGUUGGGAGAAGAGUAUGAGAGACGUCGGGAGAAGAGUAUGAGAGCCACGGUAAUAAGAACCAGAAAAAAAAACACCAUAUGAUUAUGAUGUGAUACAUAAAAUAUGUUGGAUGCUUAGAUUUGAUUAUUAUGCUGUCUGGUUAUGCAAAUCUAAUAGAGUUACUUCUAAAAGUACUUGGUUCA